GCCCUGAGGCGGUACAUAUCGUGUCACGUGAGUGGUAAACUACCUUCGUCGGUGCCUCAGAUAUCAGCCAGCUUCCGUUUGUAAACAACUGUAAGUGCUGGUAUUCUGGCAAGUAAACAAAUUAACUGGAUUACAGAAGUGAAAAAUGCAAACAAGUAUUAGAAUUUCCACCAUAAUAUUUCUAUUUCUGUUGUGUUCAACAACUGCUGAAAAUAUAGAUGAUCCACCUGGAGAAAAAAUGUCUCUGAGUGUUCCUAAAUUGUCUGAGGAGGAAACUGAAAGUAAUCAUAUGCCUAACCAUUUAAAAUGUGAUGCUUGUUUAGCUGUAGCGUAUCAGAUACAAGUUGGUUUCAAAGAAUUGAAGAAAAAAAGUCCCAAAGUUAAAGAAUCUGAUGUAUUAGAUGUUUUGGAGCAAAUCUGCAAUACUGGUUUCAAUGAAUAUGGUGUGAAGCAAGUUGAUAAUAUGAACAGACUUUCAGGACCAGGACUGGAAACCGAACAUGUCAUGGGUAUGACACAGAUGGGUGGACGCUGGCCUCACAGGUAAUUAAAAAAAAUUGUUC